GUGGGUGUCUAGAACAAUAGGACAUGCGUGGACGGAGGGCAUCCUGAGCUCAGAGAGUUCGACAGUUCGAGAGGGAAAGAGAGAGAGAGAGAGUGAGAGAACAGAAGGUGGAUUCUGGUUCGGAGAAGGACUCAAGAUACGGUGAUGGAGAUUUGUGGUGCUUACAUAACGCUAGGAUGGAUUCCCACCAGAGUGGACAGGCGAUGCUUUGUGACCUUGAGGGGUGCCCUUGACCUGCCCAGUGUGUGCCUUGUGAGUGGCCUGUGGUUGCUGAGUCUGCUCCAGAUAGCCGGGACCUACACCUCACCUGCAGAGGAAGCUUUUGUCAGAAUGGCCACCAGCAGAUUUCAAACAGCAAGCCGGCCUGAAUUGAUAGAAAUUUGGCACACGGACUGUCACAGACGCUGUCGAUGGCAACUGAUUCGUCACGUUGAAAUUGCCUGUCAGUUUGAUCCAUAUGUUCAGAGCAAGCGAAGGAAACGAUCUCCCAUGAAGUUGGCGCCAAGCAGAGAACACGAGCAGAAAGUGAAGAAGAUCGCGGUGUUGAGGAACAUGACCACUCCCAACGACAGUGACCCUCAAACUACCAGCCCGCAGUCAGAUACUGGUCGACCACCGAUCCCCCAAAACCCGUUCCUCCCCAAACGGAAGGCCACCGGUUUCCUGACCAGCCAUGGCGGACGUCCCGGCGGCGGGAAGCGCGGCCUGAGACGGAAAAAGCGCGGCAUCAUGACCGAGUGCUGCUUCGAGAAGCCAUGCGCGUGGGAGGAGUUUGCUGAGUAUUGCCACGACAACAACCGUCGUCUCAGUGAGCGGGACAACCAGUGCACUUAGUGCACUCCGGGCACUACUUUACCAAAGGAUUAGGAACUGGGUUUUCUUUCGGUUUAAUUUUUGGUUUUUAUUUUGUUUGUUUUUUGUUUUUGUUUUUUUUAGAAACGAAGAAUGAAUAAAACAAGGACACACUAACAA